AGGAAAUACCUGAUGAAAGAAACUGUCGACACAUAAGCAACAGUUUGCCGUAUUUUAAAGAAACUCCGCUUCCCAUCAGGUGUUUGUCGCUCCACUAUUUCGUUUCGCAGGCGGAUAUUUGAGCGUUUGCGCCACCUUGUGAGCGAACUGCUCCCUCAGCAGAGCCGACGUAUAUCUGUCACAAGAUGGUGUCAAUAGUUCGCACUCUUCGACACCACACAGACGAGGUCAGCUGCUGUGCCUUCUCUCCAUCUCUCCUCGCGACCUGCUCCGGUGAUAAAACUCUUCGUGUUUACAACACAGCGGACUUCUCGGAGCUUCCUUUUUCUCCUCUCUCGGGCCACGACUAUGGUGUUCACUGCUGCUGCUUCAGCUCGUGUGGCAGCUACCUGCUCAGCUGCUCCACAGACGGAUCCACCAUCGUGUGGAGCUCACAGACAGGUGAGGUGGUCGCGGUGCUGCAGCACCCGGCCCGCAGUCCGCUCCGAGUGUGCGCGGUAGCACCAGACUCCUCCCAGCUGCUGGCAGGGGCCUGCGAUGGUACCGUGGCCCUCUGGGACUUCCGCUCCAGGACAUUACGCAGAUGCAGUGCAGUGAGCGAGGCCAGUGUUGUGGCCUGCUGCUUCUCUCCCUGUGGCCAGAUGUUUGCGACCGGCUGCACCCACGGAGACCUCAAACUGUGGGAUACGGACAUCAACCUCCUGCAUGCUGAGAAGGACGCCCACGACCUGGGAGUCACCUGCUGCAACUUUGCACCGCAGUUUAAAGUUGAGGGCUGCUGUGUGGAGUUUCGACUGGCCUCCUGUGGACAGGACAGCCAGCUGAAAAUAUGGAUUGUUUCCCAGCGUGAAGGUGCAGGCUGUGUCAUGAAGCUGGUUCACACUCUUACCAGCCAGUCAGCUCCAGUUUUGUCUUGCUCCUUCUCUUCUGAUGGAGAGCUGGUCGUCUCGGGUUCGGUGGAUAAAAGUGUUGCAAUAUAUGAUGCGAACCUGGGAACCCUGCUUCACAAUUUGAAACAGCAUGACAGGUAUGUGACUGCUGUUGCUCUGUCUCCCACCAUGCCGUGUUUUGCGACCGGAUCCAUGGACAGAACCGUAAAGGUGUGGAGAGUAGGAGAUGGAGUCAGCAGAACUGCAGCUGAAUCAAGACAGACAGUGUGCCAAGGAAGGAACUUGCCCGGUCACUCCAGGCUGCUGGUUGCUGAUUGGUCAGAGGAGGAUGUGCAGACUUGGCUGCGUGAGGAAGGACUGCAGCAGCUCGUCAGCAUCUUUAAAGCCAACGACGUGGAUGGAGCAGAGCUCAGCCAGCUGAACAAGGAAACAGCAGCAGAGCUGGGAAUUGAGUCUGUGGGCCUCCGAGGUCGUCUCCUGAGGAAAAUUGAGGCCUUGAAGGCGGAGCAGAGCGGUUCAGAUGCCCCAGAUGAGUUUCUGUGUCCAAUCACCAGAGAGCUGAUGAAGGAUCCAGUCAUUGCUGCAGACGGGUAUUCCUAUGAGCGAGAAUCCAUGGAGAGUUGGAUCAGGGGCAAAAACAAAACGAGCCCCAUGACGAACCUGCUCCUACAGACCACGCUCCUCACCCCUAAUAGAUCUCUGAAGAUGGCGAUAACACGAUGGAAGUCGAGCCAGUAGACAGCAGCUCAUUUAAGCUUGUUUGCCAGCUGCAGGUACUUCAUCAUAACACAGGAGCUGCUUAUCUGAUAACACAUGCUUUUAUCAUCAUCGAAAGAAGUAAUUACUAUGAAUAGUUUUCUUAUCAGAAUCCGAUUAAGUUAAUUAAUAAAAUAUCUGCAUACCUGCUAAUUGUACCGCAUUAUGUAUUUGGAGACAUCACUCAAAGUAACACUAUGACACUUUUUGAAUGUAUAACUCAGCAAUGCACUCAGGGUAGCUUAUGGUGGCUGAUGUUGGCAAACUCAUCUACAGUACUUGUUACUGUUAGCUUAUGUUUUAGCAUCUAUUAAUAUUCCAUAAUGGUCACUUGUGACAGUUGACCAGUCAGUGGCAAAUUCAAGCAAACUAGAAAAAAAUUGCUAUAGAACUGUAAAGAUUGACUAGUUUCUUCUCUUGCGGCUGUUGCGCUAUAUUUUAGCUUUUUAAUUUUAUUAUCCCAAAUGUAAAAAGUAAAAAUAAGCACUGUACCUCACCAGAAAUGAUUGGACAUGGAAUGUGCCAUUGUGCUGUAAUUGCCACUUGUGGCCACAGAGUCCGCUGUCCCAAAUCUUAGUCUCACUUUAUUGAUCUGUUGAGUUACCUGAAGCUUUUUGGCAGCAACCAAACGGCUGUAUAAUGUAUACACUCCUCUUUUGGCUCAUGGUAAUUGUUAAAUGUCCUCUUAAGUAGCCUUGUGUUUUAGAAUAAAAGUCAGCAGACCUGUUUUUUU